AUGUCUUACACACCUUUUUCUCUGCAGACUCUAAUAAAUGCAUUACCUCUUGAGGAUAGCCAUCAGGCUACCCAAAGUUCUGGAGGUGGAAGCAGAUUGUUUGGAGGAAGAGAGAGUAACAGAACUGGUGCAGGUUCGAGGCUAACAAAUAGCAUUGGAUGGGGAAAUAAAGAUAGUCAAGUUACGGUAGAAUCUGUUGAGGCCUGGGAAAAUAAUUUAUACAUAGGCACUUCGGAUGGACAGUUAAUUCAUUAUUUGCUCGAUGAUCAAGUUUUAUCCAAAGAUAAUAUACCGAGUAACUUUCUUCUCAGUAAACAAGCUCUUGGUUGGAAGAGGAAAGUUGAACAAUCCACGUUGUCGUUUUAUUCUCUGCCUGAGAUGACCGCAUUACCAACGACAAACUUCCCAUGGAUUAAAGGAGUUACAUGUUUUUGCCAUGAUACUUCAAAGGAGGGAAAACUUGAACGAGAUGGAUCAGUAAAAAUAUGUGUAAUGAAGAAAAGAAUGCUACAUAUAUACUCUUUGACAGAUAGAUAUGUCGAAGAAACAUCUAUGCAAGUACCAGAUGGGGCAAUUACUGCAUGUCAAUAUGGUCCUUAUGUAUUUGUCGCGGACUUGCAUCAGUAUAAGAUAAUUAAUUUAUUAACCAAACGGAUGGAAAUAGUACAACCAUAUCUAUCUUCUAAUGGCGAUAGUUUUAACCCUAUAGUUACCGUUAUCAGAGAUGGAGAAUUUUUAUUGGUCUUACCGGCUAAUGAUCAUAUCCUUAUUUAUGAUUAUCAAUUGGUGUUAUUAUUCAAUUUAAUUUACAACAUAUAA